GACAGAAUCGAUCCGAUACACCACCAGCAGCUUUUGCCCCUUCGAUCGUCUCUCCCGUGCGAUACCCCGGCCCUGCCUCCGCCGCACUACGCGCGCGCGGCCCUCCCUCCGCGAUCCCGACAGGCGGCGCCGGCGGGGAGCCGCGACGAAGUCCCUAGCUCCCGCCUCUCCGUCCGCCCCCACUCCGCCCGCCCCCUCCGUCGUCGUCGACCCUGCGUGCGCCGCUUUGAUGACUGCGUCACAAGGAUGAGAUGGCGUCCCGUACAAAGCUAUCUGGUAUCCAGAGGCAGGCCUUGGCAUUAUACAGAGGGUUCCUUCGGACAGCACGGCUCAAGUCCCCAGAGGAGCGCCGCAGGAUCGAGUCCGUUGUCUCCGCAGAGUUCCGUGAGAAUGCCAGGAGUGUCGAUCGCAGGAACUUUGUGUACAUUGAGUAUUUGAUGAGAAGAGGGAAGCGGCAGCUCGAUCAGCUCAAGAAUCCUGAUAUCACUGGACUUUCUACACUUGAAAUAAAUAAGGCCUCUUCUAUUCCAGAACAACGUGUCGAGCAUGAUCUUGGUGUUUCUACUGGGAGACAGUAAAACAAGAAGAGCUUGCUUUUAAUGGUGUCCAACAUAAAAAUGGCCGCAUACGAAAGCUCUUUAUGAUGUAACUUCUCUGGAGCACCUUCAUUUUCUGAUAGGAAUCUCUAGAUGAGUUUCGUAGCAUCUUAUUGCCCUCUGGAUAUUAGAAGUGUGGUUCAUAUAUGAAUUCUUUUGGUCACCAAGAUCAAUUGGACCAGAGUUUACUGUGAAAGAGCAUUUACAUUGGAGCUCUAUACUGUCUAAACGACUAAACCAUGUGGUUUAAACUCAGCAAUGGUGUUACUUUUUAUGCAAUGUAAUUCACCCCUAUCAUUUAUUUA